AUUCUUCCUCUGAUCUGAUUGGUCACAGUCUCAGUCCUUCAAGUCUUUUUGCAGCCAAUGAUUGACGACCAACCGCAGUAACAGCUCCGCCUUCCUGUAGGCGCAAUUCUCCCAGAAAGCGGAGGACAAUAUUUUAUACCGCAGUUUGUCGCGUUAACGUCCUUUGAUCAUUUUCCCGCCGGGUGCGCGAGCGUGUCCCGAUCUCCUCUCAUCAUGGCGCCCGGGUGGAUGUGAUGCGGCCGUGUGAACGUUUGAAGACAAAGUGAGAUGCUUCCCCGGAGCGCUGAACCUGUUCCAUCCCGCACACAAAGCCUGUGAAGCAGGCCGUUCUUCCGACCAGAGACGCUGCGCUUAUGAUGCCGAAACAUGUCGGGGAAUCAUUACAAAGGACACGAAGUCAGCUGCUGCAUCAAAUACUUCAUUUUUGGAUUCAAUAUCCUGUUCUGGCUGUUGGGCAUGGCCUUAGUUGGAAUUGGAUUGUGGGCAUGGAGUGAGAAGGGGGUUCUGUCCAACAUCUCAUCCAUCACAGACCUGGGCGGUCUGGACCCGGUCUGGCUCUUCAUGGUGGUCGGGGGUGUCAUGUUCAUCCUGGGCUUUGCUGGAUGUAUCGGAGCACUGCGAGAAAACACCUUUCUGCUGAAGUUUUUCUCUGUGUUUCUGGGAAUCAUCUUUUUCUUGGAGCUGACGACGGGGGUCCUGGCGUUCGUCUUCAAGGACUGGAUCAAAGACCAGCUCAACCUGUUCAUCAACAAUAACAUCCGGGCGUACCGGGACGACAUCGAUCUGCAGAACCUAAUCGACUUCACUCAGGAAUAUUGGGAGUGCUGCGGUGCGUUUGGAGCAGACGACUGGAACCUGAAUAUCUACUUUAACUGCACUGAUGGGAAUCCCAGCCGGGAAAAGUGUGGAGUUCCCUUCUCCUGCUGCACCAAGGACCCAGCGGAGGAUGUGAUAAACACUCAGUGUGGCUACGACAUUCGAGCUAAACCAGACUCGGAGCAGAAGGACUACAUCAAUGUGAAAGGCUGCGUGCCACAGUUUGAGAAGUGGCUACAGGACAACCUCACCUUGGUGGCUGGGAUCUUCAUAGGAGUUGCACUACUGCAGAUUUUUGGGAUUUGUUUGGCCCAAAACUUAGUGAGUGACAUCGAGGCUGUGCGGGCAAGCUGGGUGCCCCCCCCUCUCUCCAUGCGUCGACUCCCACCACACUCCAGCAAGAAAGCAUCGGCUUACUACUCAUGAGACACACACACACACGCUGUUUGUGUGUUUGUAGCCGUUUCUUUACCUAAUGCUGAAACAGCAUUUCACUUCUAACAGUCUUUGGGCAGAACGUCAGGGAGCAUUCAGAGGACGUCACUGAUCACCUGCACCACGUUGUUCACUGAACCAGCACCUUUUUCCGAGGCAUUAAUAUGUGAAAAAAAUGCUCUGUAUAUAACACUGUGUGUGACUACUGUAAAAAAGAAAACAGCCGGAGAGGAUGGUUAAACAUGCACUACACUACAAUGCUCCAGUUUUGGUAGCUGCGUCUAGAGAGUAGGAAUUUUGAUACAUCUUUUUGAUAUUAGAUUGGUAUUUUUCACUGUGGAAAUAAUGCUCCAUUGCUAAACCCAUCACAUAGGACUGUGACAUAGUGUAUAAAAAAAAACUGAGGUGUACUUCUUUCAAAGUUCAGUGCUUGUUUUACUUACCUUUCCAUCACUUGUCCACAGUUACAGAAGUUAGCAAGCUAUAACACUCUGCCUGGUUUUGGACUGAAAGCCCGACCUCCUUGUUUUUUUGUCAAAAUAAAACUUUAAAGGUCCCAUAUGUUACACUUUUCCAGUGUUUUAUUUGAGGAUAUAUUUUUGGUUUUAAGAACCAAAAAAGAACCAAUCAGAAGAAAGGACUUUUGAGCCUCUCUUCUGAUUGGCUGACUGUUUUCUGAGUGGUCCAGUAUAAAUAUAGCAGAUUUCAGGUAAACACUCAGAGAAACCAAAUCCUGCAAGGUUGGAUGGGUGGGACUUGGGGCCUGGCUGAGAGCUGUGACUGCUUUGUUGUGACAUCACAAAGUUCCAGAAGUCCUGUCGGCUGGUUUUAAGGCUCAGUUUCUGAAUACAGGCUGUGUGCAUUUCUCUGUGGACUGAGCACUUUGAUACUUUCACAGUAUUAAUAUAGAACCUAGACCUGAUCUAUAAUCAAACAACACAUGGACAGAGACCUUUAUACUAUAUGGGACCUUUAAGGGUAUUUGUGUGUUACAGCAGAUUCCAGGACUUCUUCAUUUACCGCUGUCUCUGGUCACUUUAUCUAGUAUUUUUGUUAUUGCACUAACAGUGAUGUUUAAUUUGUGUUCAGUCAAUCAGCAGUGAGGAUAUGUGUGUGCUCUGUUGUGAUGGUAGAGUUGAGCUAGAUAUUCUCCAAAUGCUGACUCAUCCGGCAUUAAAGAGGAAAUUACCAGUAAUUACUUCAACUAUUUACCAUAAUGAGUUACUACUUAUCUAAUGGACUAAAAGGGACCUCAGUUAAUUACGUGAUGGAUUCUCCCAUCACUAAAGGAGACAAAAUUUCACGACCACUGUGUCGCUCCAGAAUGUGUGUCAGAUUCUGAGCCACAUGUAUUUGGAAGGACUGGGGACCUGCACCUUCGUGGUACAGACCAUGUGUCAAGAACAGUAGGAUGAUACAGUAGUAACAGUAGGACAAUAAUUGUCUGGUCAGAUUUCUAAUCUAGUUCACUUCUUUACCCAGUUAUAGACCAUUUUAUUCUAUUACAGCAUUACACGUUCAAACUUUAACUUCUUCUGUUAAAAGAAUAGAUUUGGAUCUGGGCAGUCACAUCUCACAUGCCACAUGUACACUGGUAGAGAACUUUGUAGUAUAAUGGUUUUCUAGCCCUUAAAUAAUCAUGAUCAGCCUUUAAAAGAUGGGGGGGACAAAAUCUACAGUCCAAAGUUGACCUGAAGCUAACACGAUGUUUCAGCAAUCGGAGCUAGCCAAAUCAAACAGGUGUCUUUGUCUUGGCAUUUCACAUGUAGGUUUAUUUUGGCUCAGCAAGUGAACAGCAGGGGAAAUAUUUGGGAUGACACAAUCUGGCUAACUCAGACUGCUAAAGCUAAUGUCAUGCAGUAGUAGCUUCAGCUGAACAUGCUCUUGCGUGCAUGUAGCAUGUGAGAAAAUCCAAAUCAAUCCAUUAAAGCUCCAUAUUUGACUUUUCUGUGUUUUAUUUGAAGUGUUGAUCCAUAAGAAGAUAUAUUUGUGGUUUUAAGAACCAAAAACCAUCUCAGUGUAGUUUUACAUCUCCUCUCUCAGGAUUCUCUCUGGAGCUCUAGUAACAACAGAUCGGUGAGCCAAUCAGAAGAGAGGAGCCUCUCUUCUGAUUGGCUGACUGCUUUCUGAGUGAUCCAAUAAAAAUCUAGCAGAUUUCAGGUAAACACUCAGGCUACAUCCACAACACUACAAACGAAAAACAAUCUCCAUCCAGACUAACACACCUGAAAACUCAUACAUGUGAGCAAUCACAUACGCUGACCAUGCGUGAGCGGUGUAAACAGGAAGUAGAUUGUCUACUCUGCAGUUAAUUAGUUGCGAGAAAUACUCAGAGCGAGGAACAGCAAAGUUGAAGCAUCAAAAUACAGAAUGUAAGUGAACAACAGCAGCUUGUUGUAUUCAACACUUGCGGAUGGGAGGCGAAAAAGUAGCAAGCGAUGCGUUUUAAAACAAAAACGUAGUAUCGUGGGCAUAGCCUGAGAGAAACUAAAUCCUGCAAGAUUGGAUGGUGGGUCCAGAUGGGCGGAGCUUGAGAGCGGUGACUGCUUUUUUGUGACAUCAAAGGUCAAGAAGUCCGUACAGCUGGUUUUAAGGCUCAGUUUCUUAAUACAGGCGUUGAGCAUUUCUCUGUGGACUGAUACUUUCGCAGUGUUAAUGUAGAACCUAGUCCUGAUCUAUAAUGAAACAACACAUGGACAGAGACCUUUAUACUAUGUGGGACCUUUAAAUUGAAACAGGAUUUUGUGGAGAAAUAUGUUUAUAUGGUUUAAUAAUAAGUUUGGUUUUGGUAUUUGAUAAAUUCAGAUACUGUAUUGGCAAUAGUAUGGAAGGGAUACCCAGUCCUGAACAAACCACAUCACAUAUGAAGAGGUCACUGGUUUGGAAAAUGGCUCUUAAUUUCCAUCUUUUUAAAACAGUUGUAGAUAGUGAAGUGUGUUCAGGUCCUGAUACACAAGUAACUACAAAGGUUAUGUUGGUGUCCUCCCCCUCUGUCAUUUGAUAUUAGCACUUUGACAAGGAGUUCAUGUUUUUGGAGGACGUCUCAAUUUUUUUUUUUUUUUUGGAGAAUUUUUUUUCAGUAAGAUGUUAAAUAUUUUCCUCAUACAUUAACUGUACUCACUUGAAUGGAAACCAAUCCGGCACAUGUAUCCUGUGAUUGUCUUUCACUGUGUAUUUUGAUGCAGAUCUGACACUGAAUAGACCAAAAUCUAUAAAUCCAGCCCAGGUAUUAGAAUCUGGAAUUUCAAAAUGGUGUUAAGAAGUUUUUUUUUUUUGUUUUUUUUAAAGUGAUAUUUUCCUUAAAGCAUCCCAUUUUUUGUUUCCUCAGAGUUCAAAUUGUUAUUUAGAAAAUUUGAAGUGUUAAGAUACUAAAAAGGGAUCAACACUGUUUUUGAUACUUAUUAAUAUUUAUUGUAUGUUUGAUUUGGUUUUAUGAUUUCCCUUUGUGCUGAUCAGCUACUGAAGCUUGUUCCAGGUUCAGGAGUUGUUAAAAAAAAAAAAAAAAAAACUCUAAUGAGGAAUGGUGCAGUCAUUCAUCACGACCUGACCCAUGGAUUGUUUCUAUGAUCACAGUGCACUGAUGAGCUAGAAUAUUAAGACCACCCCUGUCUAAUACUGUUGCUCUUUCACCUGCGUCACCAGUGCUCACCUGGAGCUCCCAGUCGUCUGCUCGUGACGAGUUGGUCCAGGACUUGACACCUGCUCAUUUCUAAAUGAUCCUGAUGACAAGAAGUGACCGUCUAAUAUAUCCUGGACAUUUAGAAGAUAAUCGUUAUUCACUUUGCCUGUGUGGUCUUAAUGUUCUGUCUCAUCAGUGUAUAUCCCACAAACAUUGUAAUGUAACUACCUCCUCUUAUUUGCUUUUCUCAUGUCCCACUAAAAUUGGACUGAUUUUAAUAUAAAGUGAAAUUACUCAAUAAAAGGCCACAAAACUGCA